AUGGCAAAUCUCGACAAGCUGAAGAAAAUUCCACUAAGUUCAAUAAUGAGUUUGACGGGGAACACUGAUUUCUGUGAGUAUAAAUAUAGUCUCAUGGUAUAUGGAAAUAGCAAUCUCGAGAAGAUAGACUUCAGGAAAAGUAUGGUCAUAAAACAAGAGGAGGUUUUUAUCAGAGCUAAUGAGAAGCUGCGUCGCGAUCAAGUCUUCAAUGCCCCAUUUGCAGUGGACAUUGGUAGUCCGUACGACUGUACAAUGGAAAUGGCUAUGAAACGCAACGACUGUAAAGCACUAGUUGGUGAUUUGGCCUAUAAAGGUAAAGAAGGUGAAAAGAAACAUGUAUGGAUGCAGAUAGAAAAGGUUUAUGGGACCAUAACUAUAGACGACAUAUCGGAUUCAGACUUGGAUACGCUCAUAAAACUUACCGUUGAUGGAUGGCAACCUCGGAUAGUAAGGAUAGUAAACAACUAC